UUUUUACGACUGCACUUAAACGUAGCCUGGUUAUAGCCAUUCGUAACAGUGGCGGACGUGAACGCAGCAGCUAGCAGUUUUGUCCUGAACGACACUCAAGGCUUCAACACCAAGUUUUAAAGUGUUUUUAGGAACUCCCAAAUGGAUUCACCUCGACAAUCUACAAAUGCUAUCCGGAGUCAAGAAGUAAAGCGCAGCCAGAAUCAUUCAAGCUCUACACGUAAAGACGCCUAUGCUAGGCUUCUCAGCCAGCAUCACAGCAGCAAGUUCAAUUUGUAUUUAGAUCAAUAUGCAAAGGACUUGUCUUAUCAAAGGGAGGAAAAUUUACCAAGUUCUCUGCUCAAAGCCCAAAGUGACAGGCUGAAUAUACCACAGCGCAAAAGGGACCAAGUGCCCAAUAGUUUCUCCGAUUCAAGUGACUUCUCCCCCUCUUCCUUGAAAAGUAAAGGAGAGGAGAGUUCAUUGUCUUUGUACAUGGAGAGACUCAGCAGCCGCAAGGCCCUGCAGGACUGCGAAAGGCAGCAAGAUGUGUCUGACAGGCAGCGACGGGGGCAGAGAAGGGACACCACAACCAGCCACGAUGGCGACAUAGAGUCUGGUGAGGAGAUUGGUUUUUUGGCACCUAAUGACUCACAUAAACAACUGAAGCAGCAGAAGAAAAACAAGGACUUAAAUAGAGAUGUUAUUUCAAAAGAGACCAGCCCACCUGCUGGAUGCUCACAGUCUCCAAAGAAAGCUGGUACAAGUGGACAGGAAAAAGAGAAGUCCAAGAAGCAAAAGAAAAAGAAUCUGCCCCAGGACCUAGAACAAAAGAGAGGCAGAGAAGAGCCUGCAGCUAAAGCUCAGAUGUCCAGGCCCAAGUCUCCUAAUGGGAAGGACAAAAAAACACAGCAGCCCAAAGCGUCAGCUACUUAUUCUCCAGCUGAAAAAAACAAAAAUGAAGGUGGCAGAGGAUCAAAGAAACAAGUGUUUGAACCCUAUAGGACUCUUGAGGAGGUUUCCGAUGGCCUGAAAAGAGGAGAGCUCAUUCAGGGACAAUUACGAAUCAACCCCAAGAAGUACCAGGAAGCUUUCAUCCCAUCUCUUGAUGACACACGGGACAUAUUUCUGGAUGGGAUUGUAGCUCGUAACAGAGCUCUGAAUGGAGACGUUGUGGUGGUGCAGCUCUUACCACGGGAACAGUGGAAGGUUGUACGGUCAGAUACUGACUGUGAGGGUGCCAGUGGGUCAGAGACCCAGAAAGAAAACUUAGUGCAAACCACGCAGAAGAAGAGAGAGCAUACCCCCAGGCCUGAUGGUAUUGUGGAGGGUCAGUGUAGUGACCAGGAUGAACUUAUCAGCAAAGUUCACAAUAUGUCCCUUGCUGGCACAGGGGGGCUGCAGGAGAACCGUUCAAUCCCACGUUCCAAUGGGGAGAUACUCCAAAAGACAGCUAAAGUGGUGUACAUAGUUGAAAAGAAACACUCAAGGGCAGCAACAGGCUUCCUGAAGUUCCUACCUGAUAAACCCUUUGCCAUGUUCUCCCCCGUGGACCAUCGGAUGCCACGGAUUAACGUUCCGCUGGCAGACUGUCCCGAAGACUUCAGUUCCCGUCCGGGUGACUACGUCAACACAUUGUUCAUCUGUCGCAUCACCAACUGGUCAGCCGACAGUAACUUCGCAGAAGGUCGACUUGCAAAGACUCUUGGUCAAGCUGGAGAAAUCGAGCCAGAGACGGAAGGCAUCCUGAUGGAGUACGAUGUUGACUUUUCUGAGUUCUCUGAUGAGGCGUUGGACUGUCUCCCCAAGAACCUUCCCUGGACAAUUCCACCUGAGGAGUUGAGGAAGAGGAGAGACCUGAGGAAGGAGUGUAUCUUCACAAUUGACCCUGCGACUGCCAGAGAUCUUGACGACGCCCUGUCCUGUAAACAACUCCCAGAUGGAAACUUUGAGGUGGGAGUCCACAUUGCUGAUGUCAGUUACUUUGUGGAGGAGGAUAAUGCUCUGGAUGCCACUGCCAGCCAAAGAGCAACUAGUGUGUACCUGGUUCAAAAGGUGAUUCCCAUGUUACCCAGGCUGCUCUGUGAGGAGCUGUGCAGUCUCAACCCUCUCACUGACAGACUCACCUUCUCCGUCAUUUGGAAAAUCACACCCGAGGGGAAGAUCCUGAGUGAGUGGUUUGGCCGUUCAGUUAUCUGCUCCUGCGUCAAGUUGAGUUAUGACCAUGCUCAGAGCAUGAUUGAAGCCCCUGAGAAGAUGUUCUCCACUGAGGAGCUGCCACCCAUGGACCCUGUGCAUCCCAUCGAUGAGAUCCACCAGGCUGUGCUAAACCUGCACUCUAUUGCCAAGAACCUCCGAGCUCAGCGCUUUUCAGGCGGAGCCCUCAGACUAGACCAGAUGAAACUGUCCUUCACUCUGGAUAAGGAGACCAUGAUGCCUCAAGGCUGCUAUGUUUACCAGUACAGAGACAGUAACAAGUUGGUGGAAGAGUUCAUGCUACUUGCCAACAUUGCCACCGCUCACCACAUUUACCGCAAAUUUCCUGAGCUGGCCCUGCUCAGACGCCACCCUCCACCAAAAGCCAAGAUGGUGGAUGAGCUGCAGGAGCUGUGCGACCAGUUAGGCAUUGACCUUGACCUGUCGUCUGCAGGAGCAUUGCACAGGACUCUCAACACCACUCUUGGUGAUGAUGAAUACACCAGUGCCAGAAAAGAAGUUCUCACCCACAUGUGCUCCAGACCCAUGCAGAUGGCGCUCUACUUCUGCACAGGUGCAGUAAAGGACGAGCAGCAUUUUAAGCACUACGCCCUCAACGUUCCUCUCUACACACACUUCACGUCACCCAUCAGACGCUACGCUGACAUUAUCGUGCACCGGCUGCUGGCUUCUUCCCUGAAGUGUGGGCCUCACUUAGGACUGUCACAACAAGAAGUGGAAAAACAGGCUUCACAUUGUAAUGACAAGAAAACUCUGUCAAAGAGAGUUCAGGAGCUCAGCUCUGACCUCUUCUUUGGAGUGUUUGUAAAGGAGUGUGGCCCCCUGGACUCCGAGGCAAUGGUGAUGGGAGUGUUGGAUCAGUCCUUUGAUGUGCUGGUUCUCCGCUACGGAGUGCAGAAACGCAUCUACUGCAAGUCUGUUGUAGGCGUUGACUCAUUUCACCAUCAUAAAGUGGGGAAGAAAUCUGAACUGACUCUGGUGUGGACACCAGACGACAUGGAGAAAGCGCCAGUCGAGCAGAUCAUCUCCAUCUUCACUUUGGUGGAGGUGCAGCUGAAAGCCGACGCUGCUCCGAUGAAAUACAGUGCCGUUCUGAAGAGGCCCGAUGAUGACCAAUCACUAACACUGAUGACUUGAUUGCACAUUUUCCAUUAGCUGAUUAAUAGACAUGAUGUGUAGUUUAGAAGCAAUAUUACUGAGGUAAGCAAAGAAGUCACUGAUCAGAUCAGAGUCGGAUUUAAUUUGCAGUUACCGCUGAGUUUCACUCUAAAAUGUCCACUCCAGUGGUGAUUUAUGUUUUAACCCAUCCAUCCAUAUUCCCUUGUAUUAUAGUGUUUCCUUCUAGCUUUUCUUUUAGCUUCUAUUCAUUCCUAUAUUAUACACAAGUGAAUGAACACUAAAAUGCAACUGGGAAAAAUCCAAAGCACAUAUAUGGACUAACAGUCAAUUUGUUAAAAAAUAAUGAAUCCAUUCAAGCAUUAAAGAAAGUGACUACUUAAGGAAACUCGGUAUUAAUUUCAAAUUAAAUUUGGGCUCAGGUCUCACUGUGAAAAAAAACAAGACAGCAAUAACUUAUUUGGCUGUUGAUUUAUUGACCUAAUGAGGUCAGUGUUGUGAUAUAAUUGUUGCACACUGUCAGUUGUGUGAAAACUUACUUUUAACCAUUUUAGUUUAAUACCAAUGGCUGGUUUCCUGAUGUCCUUGAAAGAGGAGGGACUGCACCGCACUAUUGAGUUGAACUUGUUGGUGGUGUUGUGUUUGUAAUGUAACAUAUGGUCACAGAGGAGCUGUAAAAGUUUGACUACAGAUAUAAUUUUCAUAGGAACUAAAUAACACCUGCCACUAUGUGUCAUUAUAUGACUUUUUAUAUUGCCAGAGUGUCUAUUUAUAGAGUUUUAUUCAGGAAGAGUUUUCCUUUGGAUUUUUCUGUCAUGUCAUGAAGUAUAGCUCAUAGGAUUUUAUUUUAUUUUUUAUUGAGUUUUUUCCAGAUGUAGGUAAAGGCGGUAUGCAAAUAAGGCCAAAGUGUUAUUAUUUAUCAACUCAUUGUUAUUGUUUUUAAAAGAAUGGGAAUGACUUGAAUGUGUAUUGCUGCUGUAAAGUGAUCUGUGGCCUUUAAAUCUUAAUUAAUUUUGUUGGCUUGUGUGCUGUGGAGUGUUUUUAGCUGUUUGUUGUUGUACUUUGUGGACUUCAUUAAUAUCACCUGUGAAUUUCAGCCUUAAUUCCAUCAAGCAAACAGUCUGUCAGUGCCAUGUCAUCACAAAGAUUACCUACUAUACGGGUAGUCUAUGCUUCUUCUUUUUUUUUUAAAUUAGAAUGUUUUUUUUUUUCUUGGCAUUGUUUGGCAAUUAGCUUACCAGCUAAUCAAUUGACAAUGUGUGGCAUAUAUAUAUACUGCUCAGAAGUUGAAGGGAACACCUAAAUCACAAUUAAAAACUCGUCUACCGCUUUAUCCUCCACAUGAGGGUCGCGGGGUGGCUGGUGCCAAUCCCAGUUGACAGUCGGGCACUCUCCGAAAAGGAUGCCAGGCCACCACAGGUAACGCAUAGAGACAAACAGCCGUUCACUCACACACUCGCAUGUACAGGUGAUUGUUGUGUCAAAUUAACCUCUACAUGAUACAAAUUUGAUAUACAUUUCUUCGACAAGAAAAAUCACCCACUCAGAAUCAGUGACGAUGAGGUUUUGUCUUCCCUUCAUAUUUUUUUGAGCAGUGUAUUUGAAAUUUAUUUUAAACCCUGCAAAUAAUCAAAUAUUAUAGUGUUAAAUGUGUUGGAAAAAUAAUUAAUCUCACUAUUGUCUCACAAUAAAAAAACAACUUCUAAUCCAAGAGAAGUUAAACUGUGUGUACAGUCACCUGUAACUUCUAUUGUGUUGAUAAUAGCCAGCAGUAAAAUACAUGAAAUCCACUGUAA